CACUAACGGCAGGCAAACCAACAUUUUCCAUGAAAGAACCCCUGCAUCGGCAGCCAGCAGCUCAAAAGUAGGCAGAUGUGGUAGAUAACAGCUAGAGUCUCCACGUCGCAAGACCCGGUUCACUCUCUUCACGGAGAAUCAUGAACCGAAACCGAAAGCGUGACAAACCCUACUUUUCCCGCCACGUCCCCGCCUCCCUCUCAAAACGCCGUCGUCACAUGCCUUCCCACCCUCUUCUAGGCGACGAUGGAGACGUUGUCGACACUCCGAUUGCGAAGCCGGCACCGGCGCCGGCGCUUGUUGUCAUGGGCCUCCCCGUUGACUGCUCUGUCCUGGACGUUAAGUCCCGGUUCGAGAUCUAUGGCUCCAUUUCCCGGAUCCGAAUCGACCGCGAUGGGUCCGCGUACAUCAUGUAUCGUACCAAGGACUCCGCCGAAGCCGCCAUUGCCGCUGCCCUAGACCCCUCUUUCGGCAUCACCGUCGAUUCCACAGAAGUAAAGGUGAUGUGGGCAACCGAUCCUCUUGCCCUCUGGAGGCAAGGAGUUGGGCUUGGUGCCAGCAAGGGUAAUGGCUCAUCCUCGUCCAAGCUUCUGCGGGCCGAGGUACCUCUGAGCAGACAUGGUAGAGGUAAUAAACUUGCUUCAGCUAUAGUGAAGCCCAGAAGUAGUAAUUAUGGUUCUUCUAGUGUUUCAGAAGUGCCUUUUAGGGGUAGAGAAAUCGUGGCUUAUGAUGAUAUACUGUAAGUAUAGAAUUGGUUUAGGGAUUAAUCUAUUUUGUAUUGAGUGAAUGGAUUUUAGGUCUAGCUAUAGAUAGAAUUUUUAUGUAUAGUAGACCUAAAGCUGCCUUAUUUAUUUAUUUAUUUUGGCUUUUUCAUA